GACUACACAUCUGUGCAUUUACUGCAACUCCGAUCCCUUGAUAUUUUAUGCAGUUUUCGCUGGGUCAGAAACUAAAAACCAAAUUAAAUAGCAUCGAAGACAAACGUUUCUCAUAGUUUUUGAUGUUCAAGGUAUCAUUGCUCCUUAUUAGUACGUCCAAUUUAUUCGCAGUUGGCAACAAGUAAGCCGGUCGCGUGGUGGGGGUAGGUGGGGGUAAAGUGUUGUCUGCUCUUGGUACCUGCCACUACCUGUCACAGGUUGCCAAUCAAGAUAAUUUGCCGAAUUGAUGUCAUCCUUUCCUCAUGUUAAACCCACGUGAGUCUCAGGUUAACUUGGUCCAUUUUCAAAUUCCACAAACUAGGCCUUACCUGAACUGCAAGAUGGCAACAUCAUCCAACACAGAGUCAAUGCCAGAUUUGUUUGAGGAGAUGCAGACUUUGGCGCAAUUGACAGGGAUCAAGUGCCCUGGAAAAGUCAUGAAGAUUAUAUUGCAGCUCAAUAUCAUGGGUGUACCACCCGAAAAAAUCCGCACUCUUCUGCGAGAUAUAUUAAAGGCCAAACAUCGUUCCAAAAAUUCUUCAAGGAGUAGUAAUUCCUCUUCUGAUCGAGAAAAUUAGACACUUUAGUUAUAAAUAAUAAAUAGAAAUCAAAUUGUUAA